GAUUGCUAAAUAAAAUAGGAGUAAGGUCAAAGUUUAAAACGUGAAACAAUAGUAUUUAUUUAUUGCAUAUCGAAUAAACUUAUAAUUUGUUUUAACGUUUCACAAGUAACAUAGUGGAUACGACCAAUUUUUAAUGUUCAGCUAUGUUUGGUUUGUGCUGUUUACCUUUAAGAAGACUGCAUGUAAACAAAUCAGUGAGGUUACUUCACCGGAAGAACUUUAUUUUCUCAGAAAAUACCCUAAUUUUAGGAAUAGAGACAUCAUGCGAUGAUACGGGCUGUGCUAUAGUUAAUGGUGCUGGUAACAUAUUAGGAGAAUCAUUAUAUUCACAAAAUGUAAGGCAUCUAAAAUAUGGGGGAAUAAAUCCUACAAUUGCUCAUGAACUACACCGUGACAACAUUGCAAAGGCGGUUAACGGAGCACUACAUGCAGCAUCUAUUCGUAUGGAUAGCAUAGAUGCUGUAGCAGUCACUGUCAAACCUGGCUUAAUGAACAGCCUUGAGGUGGGUGUCAGAUAUGCAAAACAUUUAUCGAGAUUGCAUAAAAAACCUUUAAUACCUAUACAUCACAUGGAAGCACAUGCACUUGUGGCCAGGAUGUACCAUGACAUUCCUUUUCCCUUCUUAGCCUUGUUAAUAUCAGGUGGCAAUAGUCUUCUAGCAGCUUUCAGAGAUGUUGAUGAUGUACUCUUGCUUGGUGAUACUCUAGAUAAUUCACCUGGAGAAAUAAUGGACAAAGUCGCUCGCCGCAUGAAACUCAGAAACAUCCCAGAGUACUCACAAGUUGCUGGUGGAAGAGCAAUUGAACUAGCUGCAAAAAAGGCUGACAAGCCUUAUAUGUCUGAGUUCCCGUUGCCAUUGGUUAAACUUAGAGAUUGUAGUUUUAGCUUCAGCGGACUGAAGGAUUUUGUUGAAAGAAAAUUAAAGGAGAAAGAAUCUGAACACAGAAUUAUAGGUGACAGAAUUAUUCCAGAAAUAAACAACUUAUGUGCAGGUUUUUUGCAUGGUGUAGCUGAGCAUAUAGCACACAGAACAGAGAGGGCUGCAGCAUUUUGUGAAGCUAACAAAAUUAUAACUUUUAAUAAGAGCAUUGUAGUUUCAGGUGGAGUUGCUUGUAAUGAUUAUAUAUUUAAUUCUAUCAAGGUUAUUGGUGACAAAAGAGGGUAUCAAGUUUAUCGUCCACCACCUAGAGUAUGUACAGAUAAUGGUGUAAUGAUAGCCUGGAAUGGAAUAGAGAAACUGAAACUAAAGAAAGAUUGUGCCAUGUUGAAUUCUGAUGUUAUAGUAGAUCCUUAUGCAACACUAGGAAAAAAUAUUAUAAAUAAUGUUAAAGCUGCUGACAUACAAAUAAGAGUCACAAGAAUCAGAAAGAAAAUGCCACAUUUAUCCUCCUGAGACCCAGAAGCAUUUAUUUUGUUUUAGAAUUUGGAACCCUCCAUUUUCAAAAACUUUUGGCUGUGGCUGGCGAACAAUUGUUUCAUGACACGACAGGCGUGCCUUACGCCAUAGAAUAUGAUGGGACGCCUUUCGUGUCAUACGCCAUACGUUAAAAACAUUGAUGACACACCUGUCGUGCCAUCUGCACCAAACUGGUUAAUCAGUAAAAGUUCAAAAUUGUGAAAUAUUUACAAAAAAAAUUACACACUACAGGAUCUUAGGAGGUUAUAAUUGUCUCCAUUACUAUAUUUAUUUUCCACUUUCCAAAGUAAAAGGAGAGCAAUACUAUGGAAUGACUAUUAUUAAUGAAAUAAUUGCAUUAGGUGUACUAUAUU